GCCAGCAUUUGUUCCCAUUGGAAUACCAAUGAUUUGCUUUCGAAGAGUGCCAUCUCUAGUGUACAGAAAAGUGUUUUCUACAACAAAGCGAAGAUGUUGGAGAAUCUGAGAAACGGAAAGGCUGUCUGGUCCUGAAUCGGUUGUCCAUUGGCUAGAGCAAGGCCCGCGAAUGAACAUGUUCAAGGCUCUGCAACGCGAAUGCAUGCGGGUAUGCUGAAUAGCAUAAGCAUGAGCUUCAUCAACAGCCUUUGCCACAUUAUUCAAAAUGCGGUCACGAGGAAGCCAACACCGUGGUGUGCAGGGAAUGUCGUUGCCUAUGCUGCAUUUUGUGACAAGGAGAAAGAAGCUGGACGCCCAGUCUCUGGAGGUGUCAAUUUCUGUGAGCAAUACCUGAAUCCUACUGCAAAUUUCCAAGAGCAGGUUGCAACUGCCAUUCAUGAGAUCACCCAUGCUCUUGUUUUUGACCCAGUACUUUUUCAAGAUUUUCGAUAUGACGAUGGUGAGAUUCCAUUUCCUAACCCAGAACCAAAAGCCUCGUUGCGCUGCGUCGGUGUUCUCGUGGUCUGGGAGUCUGCCACGUUAGCAAGUUCUCGGUUGGGCAGUUUUGGAGUGUGCGAUGUGAAUGUGGUUUGCCGCAUAUCUGAGGGGCGUACCGGUGACAAGAGCGAGGAGAUGAAGGCGUGGGUUUCUUCAACUCUGGGGGACUCGUUAAAACUGAUUACUAAGAAAUUAGAGGAAGUGGAUGCGAAAGCGGAGGUUACGGCCGCAGAAAAGGAAGAGCUUGCGAGGUUACAAAUGGAGAAGGUGGCAUUGGAAAAAGUUGUUCUUAAUAGGGGAAAGGAGACGAGUAGUGAGAAGCGAAAGCGGGCCAUGGCUGCGCCGGUAGCUCUGGCUGUUGCCGCUGCUGCAGUUACCCCGAAGACAAUUGUUGCGAAGACACGGUCGCGGGGAAGUUCUAAAUCAAGGACACGAAGAGUGGAGAUCUCGUCCGACGACGAAUGUGAGGUUGAUGGUGUUAGAGAGAACCUGGCGCUAAAAAUGGAGAAGAGUAGUGAUCUAUCGGAAGUGAAGAAGCUGUUGUCCGAGCUCGUUCAAGGCCUCGCGGAUCAGAAGGGUAAGCAGCGCGCCAUGACCCCAGAGACUGGGCGUGAGCCGGAGCCUGAGCCCGAAGAUCCUGAAGACAUUGAUCUUGCGCAGAAGUUCCAAAGCGAGGAGGCAGAAGCAGAUGAGGACGGCCUCGCCGCGUAUAUGAAGAUGAGGCAGGAUUUCUAUAUGUCCCUGCACUUUUCGCGAGUGCAGGAGCUCUGUAAGCAGAAGGGGGUACAUUAUGUUCGUAAGGAUACAGGCUCUUGGGAAGUUGCGUGCGUAGACUUGCAGGAAUAUGUGGAUCAGCUGAAGAAUGUAGCCUCGAAGAUCACUGUCGAGCCGUCACGGAACCAAGAUAAUGCAGAUCUGAGUGAUGCCGCUGAUUAGCAGCAUGGUAGCUUGUGCUCCUUGAGAAGGGCGGUGAACAGGAUCGUUAAGCUGAAGGACUGUUUGGAUGGCACCUGGACUCCUGUACUAGACCAGAUUCAUAUAUUGAUCAUCCUAUUGGCCUGCGUGCAGGGGGAUAUUGCGUGGGGUAAGGCGUAUGUACGGUUCUGGCUGCGGAUGUCCCAGCCGGAGUGGAACUGUCUGUUGAAUGGUGGUUGUUGUGUCUAUACUAUUAUGUCCUUGAGUUAUAAGCUUGUCUAUGUGGGUAAGACGGUACGAUCGCUAAAAGAGAGGUGGCGGGAGCAGUGUCGUGCUGCAGCAGGUAGUAGUAAACAGUGCGUACACAC